CGGACAGUACACUUCGUCUCCGGUUACAUCACGUUUUGUUCUAUUGUAUUUUAUUUAUGUUUCUCAGGCAAUCUGUCAAACAUCGUUAUAGAACAAGUUUAUCGACAAAUAACACACACAAUUUAUCAUAACAGUUUGUGUUAUUUAUUUAAAACUGCUGAUUUCGCAUCUUUGGGAGAACAAUGUGCAAUUGGCGGUAUGUUUGUUGCGUUCUGCUGUUGUACCUGCUCGCGAGGGUGUCGGCUCAGAAAACCGCUCUUGAUUCACCGUCUAAUCUACAAUUAUAUCGUGUUUUUCGGAAUUGGAUCUACGAUGCUUUUGGUAGAACAGGCACAGAGGAAAGAUUUUUAAAAAUGUCAAGAGAAGCGAACAAAGUACAAAAUUAUAUUCCUAACGACAACCCAUUUCCUUGCAACGUGACAGGCGGUCGAUCAUCCGAGGUGCCUGUUUCCGUUCAUAAAUUAAGACCGGGUGACAUUGAUGUUAUUGCCGCGAUGGGUGACUCGCUCACAGCUGGAGCUGGAAUUUUUGCUGAUAAUGUUGUGCAAAUUUUUAUUGAAAACAGAGGAGUUUCUGCAACUGGCGGAGGUCAGGGAACAUGGAGAGAAUAUUUAACGAUUCCCAAUAUUCUCAAGGAAUACAACCCGAAUUUGAUAGGAUACGCGUUGAGCGACUCUUUGACGUCGCACGAAGCGUCGCAGUUAAAUGUUGCUGAGACCGGCGCUAUGUCCCAGGAUAUGCCGUACAUGGCGCAAAUAUUAGUCAAAAGGAUUCUAAGAGAUCCAAGAAUAGAUGUGCAGAAACAUUGGAAGUUCAUCUCGCUAAUGAUCGGAUCCAAUGAUUUUUGCCUCAACAUGUGCGUGACUUCGCCGCCUACGUCGGUUCUCGAGAAACACAAAGACGAUUUACUUAAGGUUCUGCGAAUAUUGCGAGACAAUUUGCCGCGAACUUUUGUGGCGCUGAUAUCACCGCCGCAUUUAAAGAUCCUAGUCGCUACCCAACACGAGAAAACACCAAAGUAUUGUUAUAUGACAACAGAUAUCGAAUGCCCUUGCAUGUUUGGCCUUCAGUAUCGGCACAUGAGACCGUUGUAUUACGAAAUCAUAGAACAAUGGCAAAAGUUAGAGAUGGAAAUUGCUACUUAUCCCGAAUUUCAAAAAGAUGAUUUUACAGUUGUGUUUCAGCCCAUUUUGAUGAACAUAACUGUACCGUCUACAUCAGAGGGAUAUUCCGAUUUGACAUAUUUAAGCGCCGAUUGUUUUCACAUUAGUCAAAAGUCCAAUGCUGCAUAUGCGAUCGGUUUGUGGAAUAAUUUGUUCGAGCCAAUAGGAGCCAAAUCGUCAAUUUUCUCAGAUUCUAUCGAACAGUUACGCUGUCCGCCAAUGGAAAGGCCGUAUCUGGCUACGACGUUAAAUUGAAAAGAAACACCUAUAGACCAAACUUUAUUGUGUUUGAAAACAUCAAGUUCUUGUUUUACGAUCGCAGUGCCAUUAAUACUUGUAACAUAUUUUAAA